GGUUUUCCAGUUCAGACAUUAUUGAGCUUCUUCGCUUCCUUCUCUUUCUCUAAUCUCCCUUUGCUUCUUUUGCUACCUUUUUUAAUACUUGCACUUCUUCGUAAUCACUUUCUGUUUUGCCGAAUCUCCAACUUGAGCUUACAAGAGUCGAGUAUACCACCUAAUCCUCCUACCCUUCUUCUAUCUGGAUCAAUAAAUAUAUAUACGUGAUCAUGUAGAAACCUAAAGGGUUGCAUAUAUAUAGAGAGAGAUAGGAACAAGAUGAGUGUUUCUCUGACUGUGAUGACCUUCAAUCUCCAUGAAGAUCCGAGUCAAGAUAGUUCUAAUUCUUGGGAAAAGAGAAGAGAUUUGUGUAUGAGCGUUGUUACUAGUUAUUCACCAAUGAUCCUUUGCACUCAACAAGGAGCUAAAUCACAACUGGAUUAUCUUCAACAGUGCUUGCCAGGUUAUGAUCAAUUUGGGAUAUCAAGAAAAGGACCUGAAGACACUUUGGACGAACAUUGCACCAUCUUCUAUGACAAGGAGAAGGUGGAGCUUCUUGAAGGGGGAACAUUUUGGUUGUCAGAGUCACCUUCGGUCCCUGGAAGCAUGUCGUGGGGUGCUCUAGUUCCAUGUAUUGCUACAUGGGUGACAUUUCAACUGAAAGGAGUUGAGCCUCCUGGCUUUUCAUUCCAGAUAGUAAACACAAACAUGGAUGAGUUCAGUCCUCGUGCACGGAGGCGGAGUGCUUUGCUUACAUGGCAGCACAUUGCAUCCUUGCCACCUAACUUGCCGGUUGUUUACUGUGGAGGGUUCAACACACAAAAGGAAUCAACCACUGGUCGUUUUCUUCUUGGGAGAUCAAGAGAGCAUGGCGUGGUUGGUGAUAUGAGGGAUGCCUGGCCUAAUGCUCGUGUGAGGAAAAAUGCUUCUCUUAUUCGCACUUUUCAUGGAUUUAAAGGUGACAAACAAGGAGCUCUUGAAUUUUUCAAGUUGGUUUUCAGAGCUCUGUGCCUUUGCUGGGAUCGCCAAACACAGGAUCUACACAUAGAUUGGAUUCUUUUCAGAGGUAGAUCUCUUGUUCCUGUGCUGUCUGAAGUGGUGAGUGAUAACAUUGAUGGACAAUAUCCAUCCUCCCAUUAUCCAGUAUUUGCCGAGUUUCUGCUUCCCCGUGCUGUGAGAAUGGUUGACCCACCUGCUGUAGAGGAAAAUUGAUAUGCACCUAUUUUUGACCCACCACCUCCCUAAUUCUCGCCUUGGAGCAUUGAAGAUCCUGGUCAAUAGUUAUGCGGUUCAGACAUAUCUUAUUCACUAUUUGUUCACUCGCAUGAAAAGAGGUUGUGGAUCUCUUUUGGAGCGUUUAGUUUAUGUUAUGUCACUUUGUCCUUCAAUUUUCCAUUGAAAAGUUUAAUUGAUUCUUUCUUUUUCCUACGA